GAAACCGAAAUAAAAAAUUUGAAAUAUUCUAUUUCAAAACAUAACCAAUUCCAGAAUUUCAUCAGACAAAAAACCACUUUAGUUAAAGUAUAAAAAUCACAUCAUAAUGCGUUCCCUACCGAUGUUUUGGCGUAUGGCGGAGGAGAUGACCCGGAUGCCACGCCUAUCCUCGCCCUUCCACGCCUUCUUCCACGAACCGCCCGUUUGGAGUGUGGCCCUUCCGAGGAACUGGCAGCAGAUUGCCCGCUGGCAGGAGCAGGAGUUCGCCCCACCGGCCACCAUUAACAAGGAGGGCUACAAACUGACCCUGGACGUCAAGGACUACAGCGAGCUGAAGGUCAAGGUGUUGGACGAGAGCGUUGUCCUGGUGGAGGGCAAAUCGGAGCAGCAGGAGGGCGACCAGGGAGGCUAUAGCUCCAGGCACUUCCUUCGACGCUUCGUCCUGCCGGAAGGAUACGAGGCCGACAAGGUGACCUCCAGUCUGAGCAGCGACGGCGUCCUGACCAUCAGUGUUCCCAAUCCCCCGGCGGUCCAGGAGACCCUCAAGGAGCGUGAGGUGCCCAUCGAACAGACCGGGGAGCCGGCCAAGAAAUCCGCUGAGGAGCCAAAGAUCGAGAACAAACAGCAGUGAUAUAAUGAGCUCAUAUUAAAAUUAAACACAUGCUAGUGAAGCCCUUAUUUAUAGUUAGAUCUUUCCAUCCCUACCAAA